AAUCACAACAGUGGUUUGAGAAGAAGAGUCCCGGCUGGGGUCGUCUAUCCAUAAUGCCCCUUAACGAGCUCCACGCCAAAGAUGCCGGAUUUCUUGUAAACGGGGAUCUCAAAAUUGUUGUUGAGAUAGAUGUUCUUGAAGUUGUUGGCAGAUUAGAUGUGACAGAGGAAACUUCAACAAUAAUAGAAACAAUGGAUGUUAAUGGGUUUCAGAUUCUUCCUUCACAUGCAGAAUCUGUGAGCCGUAUGUUUGAAAGACACUCGGAGCUUGCAUCUGAGUUCCGUCCAAAGAACCCAAAUCUAAGGACAGCUUACAUAAGUUUUCUACUCAGUCUGAUUGAGACUAUGUGCCAGUCACCGCAGGAGCUCUCCCAGGAUGAUCUGACUGAUGCUUAUGCUGCAAUGGGAUUCAUGAGAGAUGCUGGAUUUAAGCUGGAUUGGUUGGAGAAGAAGCUUGAUGAGGUGUCGGAGAAAAAGAAGAAUGAGAAAUCUUCUGAAGCUGGGCUACAAGAAAUGGAGGAAGAUUUGAGGGACUUGAAGCGGAAGUGUUCAGACAUGGAAGAUCUAGUGAAGAAAGAGAAGGUGAAGAUGUCGGCUGCAAAAGCUCCUCUCUCAUUUGAUGAUGUUGUUUAAUGUUCUUGAGAUCUUAAAUCAUUUGGGAGUUUGGUUCUGGUUUGUUCCUGAGAGAACUCUUAAAACUUUAGGAGCAUAAAAGA